GACAAAAAUCUCGCCUGAAAAUUUCAAAUCUUGGCCGGAAAACGCAAAAAAAUGUCGGUUUUUUUUACUUUCCCCCCAUUUCCGGUGAGAAAAACCCAAAACCAACGUCAUACCCAGUCUCCUCUCCUCAAAACCGGCUUGUGCUGAGAUUUUGGGGAGAUUUGGAGCACAUUUUCCCGGCCAAAUCACCGGCGGCGAGUCUCCAACGAGCUUCCGACGAUGCUCUGGCGACCCCUCUUCAGUCAGUUUCCGACCGUUUUUCACCGUCCUUGCUCGCACCUCACUUCCUCCUAUGUCCUACUUGUGUCUCCAGGUUUGUUUUUUGACUUUACCUUUGUGAAUUGUGGAGAAUCGGAUUAGGUGGUGAAGUGAGGUUGAAUUUUUGUGCUUUGCAUGAUUGAAUCUAGAUAUAGGGCGAGGAAUUAGGUGAAUUAGGUCGAUUGAAUGAUGGAUUGAUUUUUGAAUGAGCUUAGUGAGCCUUGGUGGGCGUGUUAGAACCGAAUUGUGUUUAUUUUUAGAAUUUGCCCACCAAGUGCUAUGUUAUUAAUGCAAAUGGAGUUUAUACUUGUUUGGUGGAUGGUAGCCACCGUGGUAAGGGUUGUGGUUCAACUUUUUGUGUCCUUGAAAGGUGAAUUACCCACCAUCAUGCCACGGUGGUUUGGGCUUAAAUGUUUGAUAACCAUGGUGGAAAAACAAGUGUGGGUGGGAAUUUCUUUCCCUCCCAAUUAGCAUUAUUUGACGAAUGUUUCCACGUAUGGUGUGUGUUUGUAUUUGUGCAGGAUGCUUAACUUGGAGCAUGAGUUCAUCAGUUAUUUGGUGAACCACCCAAACUUUGGCGACAAGUUCACCUACCAGAGUGGUAGCCCCAUUGGGCCUCACUGGCAGCUGGACCAAGACUUAUUUAACUUGUUCAAGUGCCGAGCCGCGAUGACUGGAGUGCUCAGCCACCCCCAGUGGCGCCAGCUCUUGACCAUGACGAGGAAAUAUACCAUGAGCUAUGCAUGGACUUUUACUCAACCUUCUCCCACAUCGUUCCGACCAGCAAGAAGCGCCGACCACGAAUGGAGUUUAUGUUGGGAGGUCAGCCACAAGUGUUGACCUAUGAUGCCUUUACACAGGCCAUGAGGCGCGACACCGCCCACAUGACGAUGACAGAGCGGCAGUACACCGUCGACUUCAAUUACCAGGGCGCAUUCCGAGCCCUCUACCACCUAGAGCACGAGGAGGACGAGUUCGAGGGGAGCCUCACCAAUGCGGAGAAGCUAAAGACCCAUUGGAGGAUCCUCCACUCUCUGCUAACCAGAUCCGUCAUACCCAAACUCCAGUCAGGCCACUUGAUGAUGAACAAAGGGCUCAUUGCCCUCUACUCGAUGCAGAGUUCAGCAGAGUCGAUCCAUCUGGGAUCAUUGAUCGCCACCUCUUUCGCCCGGAGCAUGAGGCUGAACAGAGUGGACACUAUGCAUGUGGGGGGCAUCAUCACGAGGAUCACAUGUCACUUCCAGGUGGAUCUGGCCUACUGUACUAGAGUCGGAAGGAUGGAGCCCUUCCUAGUGGAAACAUUGUAUAACCAGAAGCUGUUACUCCAGGGCAAGAGAGGAGUGGAGUACCUUGACGGACUCCGACCUUCCGGAGUGAUCCGAGCUGCAGUAUCACCGACUCUUGUAGAUCCUGACCCCGAGGUCCUGCCAGCAGUCGAGCAGCCACCUGCUCACGCACCCGGCCGCCACCGCCCAGUGUUCCAGCACCCUGCAUAGCAGGCACCAGCAGCAGCAAGCGAUCCCCUCGUCCAGAGGGUGCCUAGAGACGAACUUCAUGGGAUUCUCAUCGCUGCUCGACCGACAUACCGACAUCGUCGAGCUUAUGGCUCGACGCCAGGGUAUCCUACCCGAUUUUGGAGAGGGUCCAUCCACCGGAGAGAGGUAACCGACGAGUGAGACAUGUGGUAGAGCGGAGUCCUUUCGCCCCACUUCUCUACUUGUAACCCUGAACUUGUUUUUGUUAUUUUUCUUCAUUUUGUAUGAGUGUGUGACAUAACUACUACUAUGUAUUGUGCUUGUAAUAACCUCACCUCGAGCGAGUCGUAUUGUGUUUGUGUGUGUUUUUUUGUCUCUCUAUGAGCUCAAUUAUUCUACCCCAGUUCGAUUCCAACUUUCACUCACUAAGCCCAAGCGAUAACACCAUUCUACCCCUUUCUUUCACCAUUGAGGGCAAUGUCGAGUUUAAGUGGGGGGGGGGGGGGUAGUUUACUAGUACGCUUGUGUGUGUGAUUGAUGCUUGGAGACUUUUGUAUGCCCAAAUUUUAAAAAUUUGAGGGCUCCAAGCAAUGUUUGCAUAAGCAAAGUGGCCGGAUGGUGGGAAAUUCUCGUGUUUAUUGGCAUUGAUCAUGACUUGUUGCAUGUGAUCGAGUAUAUCCUAUGAUGAUGACGGAGAAGUUCAUUAUGAUAGGGCAAAAGUUUAGUUCUCGGGUGUGCAUAAAUGAAUGGAUGUCUUGACUUGAUCACUUGUUGCUUACAAUUGUCAUGCAUCGUGUUUGUGAAUUGGAAUAGAUGGUUGGGUAACUACGUAGCUUGUGAGCUUUGAGCCGAUCUAAUACGCCCCUGGGGGGUGUAUGUUUAUCAAAGUCACACAGCAAACAACUCAAUCGAAGAAUCGAUUGAGCUCGAAUCAAGAACGAAGUGUUCUUAAUACGAACUUGGAUAAAACGGAACCAAAAGGACAAAUCCACACCCGGGGAUAGCUCGAUUGGUAUAAAAGGGUAGUUGCUCGACCACGAUUGAAGUGACUAUUUAAUCGAUACACAAGCUCAGCAAGUUUGGAAUCCACCAAACCCAAAACAAGUCGCAACUUGCACAAACCAAACGGUUUCUUUUCUAUUCAAUCAACUCUUGAUUUUACAACGAAAUAGAAGGUAUUUAAAGGCAAAUAAACCUAAUACAAUCCUAAUAGAGCUAGGCAACAAUUAAGGUAAAAGUCUACACUAAAAAGGACACAAAAAUUUGGGUUUAAACUCCCUUUCUUGAAGCACAAGCAAGCUGCCAGCUAACUGUCAAAAGGCAGCUUUCGUACUAACUUCGCGCCAUUCGUUCAAAACCUUCCCGAACUCUAAUCCUUCAUACAAUUCCUUCCCUUUGUACAUAAACAUACCUAGUUUCAUGUUUUGGAAGCCUUUUGACUUGAAUCCCAUCCAGGAUCCUUGAAUUCAGCUCCAAAGUAGGCUUCACAAAACAGUUUUCUGCCUUGGGCAUUUUCUGGCAGUUUUCCAGUUUUGAGGUAGCAACUUUGAAGCCUUGGAAAACAAACUUAAUGACAUCAU